GUAGUGGAAGCUGUUCUUGAGUCUUUGAACCGAAACGUCUUGCGGCCUAAGAACACCUCAGAUGCCACAGUGGUGCCACAGAAGGACCUGAACAUGGUCGACCCUUUGGAGUGGCACGGACUAAUGCUCACUCUGUCUCACCUGCUGUAUCGGCGAUCACCCCCCGCGGACAAUCUCGCCGACAUCGUACAAGCUCUGCUCAUGGGAUUGUCCUUUGAAAGGCGGAGCACAUCCGGAAGCCCUACGGGUUCAAACGUGAGGGAUGCGGCCUGUUUUGGCAUCUGGGCGCUCGCCCGGCGUUAUACCACACCAGAAUUGCUCGCAGUCCCGACGGCCUCCUUUACUACAGAAGCUCGCUCGGAGGCAUCGAUUCUUCAAAUCAUCGCCAUUCACCUCGUUGCUGCUGCGUGCCUGGACCCGGCCGGAAACAUCCGGCGAGGAUCCUCCGCUGCGCUCCAAGAACUGAUCGGGCGCCACCCCGAUACGGUCGAGCAGGGCAUUUUUGUCGUACAGACGGUUGACUACCACGCCGUGGCACUGAGAUCCAGGGCGAUGCAGGACGUCGCCCUAGGAGUCACCAGGCUAUCGCACCGCUACGGGGAAGCUAUUCUGGACGGCCUGCUAGGAUGGAGGGGCGUUGGUGAUGUCGAUACCGCGUCACGACGAGCUGCAGGCGUGUCAUACGGCAUGAUCGCCGCCGAGUUGUCGUCGACAGAGCCCGACCCUAUACAACGGUUGACACAGGCCAUUUCCCUAGCACUAACCCGCGUCAAGUUGCUCGAAGCCCGGCAGGUUGAAGAAAGACAUGGCCUCUUUCUCAGCAUUGCUGCUGUCUUUGAUGCGCUGCCAGCUGCUGAUGGUAGCCAGAGGACGGCUUCGCUUGAUGGGCUUAUUCAGCUCUCGUUGGACGCGCUGCUGGAUAUUCUCAAUGACUGCGAUACGAAAACCUACCGCAAGCCGGAACUGGUCGCAGAGGCCGCUAGCCGGUUAAUCAUCUCCUCGUUUCCUGUUCUCCAGGCGGCUGCCUUUGCUAGCAGUACCCUGCUGCCUGGGCACUCACUCAUGUCCAAGAGUGGUGACGAGCUCGCAAAGAUAGUAAAGUCGGUGAGUACCAGGAACGAUAAUAAACUAAGUGCCUUUGUCACCCUCGCCGGUUCCAACUUGGAAAAAUGGCUUGUCUGGCCAGACAUCGACAUUAUCAACACAGCGUCCGAGGCGGCAGUGGUCUAUAUGAUCUUCUGUACCAACGCAGAGCGCGACGUGGCAAUUCGGGGGUGGGCAGACGCCGCCAGGGCGCGGCAGUCAUCCAAAACCCGGACUACAAGCGGCCACUUCUCUGCACUUGCGGCAGUGUACCCAAUGGCAUCGACCCUGGCGCUAGAUCAGGACAAGAUGCUCAUAUGCGACGCCAUCAUCGAGCGCUGGAAGAAUGACACGAGCACGGACACUAGAGCGUGCAUCCUCCAGAGCUUGGCGGGCAGCGAGGUACUCAGACAGAACGUCAAGCUGUUCUCAGACCUUCUGGGCGAGGGGUGCGAUGAUUAUACAACCACUGCUCGGGGCGACGUCGGGUCUCACGUUCGAUUUGCAGCGAUCAGGGCGACCAGGUCACUGUGGGAGAAGCUGGACGACGAUAUCGAGACCAAGGGGCAACUGAUUUCGACGCUGUUUUUGCGCAUACUGCGACUGGCGGCGGAAAAGUUGGAUAGAGUCAGGGCUGAGGCACAGGCAGCGCUUGCUGUCGUCCUGAAACCAACCCAAGCUGCCAUGCUACGCAAGUCGACGUUUUCGUCCAAGGCAUACUUUGUGUUCCUGCUCGAUUUACUUGACCAGGAUUGGCUGCACCCAGCUGUGUCCCCGGUGAAGGACGACGCAGAGAAAUGGAUGGAUGCUCUGAUGGCUGGCAUCGUGUCGUCCGCCGACACGGGUAAUGAGGAAUUGGUCAUUGCUAGCCGCGCGGCGCUGUGCGAAUUUUGCGAGCGGUCGAGCGCCUCCCGAGAUGCCGUAUGCACCGCUCUAGGCCGGAACCUGAAGGCCUGGCAGGGAACAGACCGGGUACUCGUUCCGACGCUUGAAGUGGUGGCCUUCCUGUUUCAUGUCGGCGUCUUUGCCGAGUGUUCCGGGGUCAAUUACAAGAGCCUAUGCCUGCAGGUUCAGAAGGCAUGCUACAAGACCGGCAACGUCCGCAAAAUCGAAGCAUGCAUCAGGGUUUACGGGGCGGUUGCGGCACUCGGGUGGGAGGCUCAACCCGUCUCGUCCGCCGCUGCCGUCUGCGGCAGCGAUGACCUGCUGAAGAAACGAGAGGAAGGCAUUCGAGAGGCUCGCGCGCGCCUUGGCGCCCUCAUGUUCCACCCGUGGCCACGGGUGAGAAGCACGGUAGUCGACGAGCUCUGGAUUCUUUACCGUGACGAGACCGUUGCCCAAACGCUCAGGAGCGUCAAUUGGGGGAGCGCCGAGAAGGCAAAGAUCAAGACGGUGGUGGACGCCCUGGGGCUGGCAUCGGCAUAGGCUGGCUGACCGCUUCUUUGCGACGAAUGGAUGACAUCCGACGGCGGCGAAAAUGCGGCGGACGCAGGUCCGGGCCAAUCGGGAAGAAGGGGCUGUGGAUAGCUCUUCUGCUUAGCCAUCGAAAUU